UCGGCCUAACGUGCUGUUCGAACAGGGGCACCCAUUUGUGUUAUGUGCAUGAAAUAUAUUUCGAUAAAAACAGAAUUAUGGAGGAAAUACCAGGUGGUGUAAAUGAAAUGGCUUACCAAAUGCAAAAGUUCUCAUGGGCUGACUACGUUGUGUUUGUGUUCAUGUUGGCAAUAAGUGCUGUUGUGGGUAUUUAUUGGGGUUUUGUAAAAGACCAGUCCUCACAAAAUGAUUACCUACUUGGGGGACGGAAUAUGAAAGUUAUUCCUGUAUCGAUGUCCCUUGUGGCAAGUUUUGUUUCAGGUAUUACUCUCCUUGGUUCACCCACUGAAGUGUAUAUGCACGGAACACAAUAUGCCUUUAUAAUGGGUGGCAUAUUUCUAAUGUCGAUUGUCAUGACUCAAGUCUAUUUGCCUGUUUUUCAUGAACUUAAAAUCACAUCUAAUUACGAAUACUUAUCGUUGAGAUUCGAUAAUAGAGUUCGAUUGUUUGGUUCAAUACUUUUCGCAUUUACAUUGGUUGGUUGGUUACCGAUUGUUAUUUAUGUUCCUGCGUUGGCUUUCAACCAAGUAACGGGUGUCGACGUUCAUGUAAUAACUCCUAUAGUUUGUUUGGUUUGCAUAUUUUACACGAGUGCUGGUGGUCUGCAAGCAGUCGUAUGGACAGAUGUGAUACAGAUAACCGCAAUGUUCGGAGCUAUGGCCUUAGUGGCGAUUAAAGGCACUAUAGAUGUAGGCGGCGUGGGCGUCGUGUGGCAGCGGAAUUUAGACUCACAACGGAUCGAGUAUCCUAACUGGGAUCCCAAUCCAACAGCACGACAUACAAUAUGGAGUCUUGUCAUCGGGGGCCUUGUUUAUUGGCUGCAAGCAAAUGCUGUAAAUCAGACGAUGGUUCAACGUUACUUAGCAUUGCCCACGUUACGAGGUGCUAAAUGGUCAGUUUUUCUGUUUUGUAUUGGAAUAUCAAUUUUAUACUGUUUUUGUCUUUAUUGCGGACUGCUUAUUUACGCUCGGUUCCACGAUUGUGACCCUUUGCAGACUAAGUUAGCGAAAGCGAAGGAUCAACUCCUGCCUCUGUUAGUGAUGGACGUGCUUGGCGACAUCCCAGGUCUGCCCGGCGUGUUUGUAGCCGGUAUAUUUAGUGCCGCUCUAAGUUCGUUAUCGACAAGUUUAAACUCGAUGUCAGCAGUCGUGUUGGAGGAUUUCUAUAAGCCAUUCUUUAAGAGACAAUUGACUGAACGACAGACCAAUUGGCUACUAAAAGGUGUUGUUAUACUUUUAGGAUGUGUGUGUCUCGCAUUAGUUUUCAUCGUUGAGAAAAUGGGAACAAUUCUACAACUUACAAUGACUUUGGAAGCGAUGACGAUGGGUCCGCAACUCGGAGUUUUCACAAUGGGUAUUCUCAUGCCUUGGGUAGAUGCUACGGGAGCGUUAGUAGGUGGGAUGUGUGGACUUAUAACAAUGUCAUGGUGGUGUUUGUCUGCACAGCUGGCCAUAGCUAGUGGACAAAUUGUACACCCUCACAAACAUCUUUCUAUUGAGGGCUGUCAGUACAAUUUUACUAUAGCAGAUACGACAGAGCUACCUAUUAUCGCUCAAGUUAGCCCAGUACUUCACGUGUCAUACAUGUGGUAUACACUUGCUGGGGCUCUAAUAGCGGUCUGCGUGGGCCUGGCGGUGACCCAGGUGAAUAGGUGGAGGGGGAAGGUACAUGUGUUGCCUUCACCUAACCUCCUCGCACCACAGCUUAGAGGACUGUACAAGGAUCCCCCGCACCCUGGUGAUGACUCAUACAUAAGGGCGUAUGAUAGUAAAAAGGUUGAACGUAAUAAAAACUCUAUGUCAAUAAACAUGAAACCAAUAAACGAAAUUGAAGAGAUUGGUUGA